CCAGGGGUCUGAACUUUAACCUCUGAUCUGUGGUUUAGGGCUUAUCUUCUACGUUCUUCGAGGACUGCUCCUCACUCUCACGCCAGUGCUGUCGAUCAGCACCAGCUAGUUAUUAAUCAACUACUCGUUUACUGUAUCUUUGGAAGGACUUUGGGUACUACCAUUAAUACGUAUUUAGAAGGCAGCUAAGCAGAAUGAGCCGAUUCAGCGGCGUCGAGUUCGCUCCCGCGAGCAGCAAGAGAGACGAAGACGACAUCGACAGCAGCGACGAUGAUCUCGACGACAGCCUAUACACCGGUCUCCGGACUGCAAGUGUAUCACCCGAGUUUAAACGAGCAUCUGUGAAAAUGCAGAGAGAGAUGCUGCCGAUUUUUGCUCAUCGCGAGUCGCUGCUUUAUUUGAUUGAGAGCUCGCAGGUUGUUGUUCUCAUAGGGCAUACAGGAUCCGGCAAGAGCACUCAAAUGACACAGUAUCUCUACGAAGCGGGAUGGACAGAUCACGAUAAAUUGAUCGCUUGCACUCAACCACGAAAACUUGCCGCAUCGUCAGUAGCAGCUCGAGUAGCGACCGAAAUCGGCUGCCGUCUAGGCGAAACAGUAGGCUAUUCCAUCCGCUUUGAAGACGUCACCUCUCCGGAAACGCGAAUCAAAUAUAUGACCGAUGGAAUGCUUUUGCGCGAGAUCCUGAUCGAUCCACUACUCAGUCGGUACAGCGUUAUCAUGAUUGACGAGGCGCACGAGCGGAGCACGUAUACCGAUAUCUUGAUUUGCGUGUUGAAGAAGAUCAUCAAGCGGCGGCGAGACCUGCGGGUCAUUAUCUCCAGCGCCACGUUACAAGCCGAUGAGUUUGUGAAUUUUUUUGGAAGCGGAACAAAGAUCAUAAGUAUAGAGGGGAGAAUGCAUCCUGUUGACCUGCUAUAUCUGACCGAGCCGACGGAGAACUACGUCGAGAAGACGAUCGAGACGAUAUUCAGUAUACACGCCAAUGAACCCGCAGGAGACAUUCUUGCCUUUUUAACCGGUCGCGAGGAGAUUACGCAAGUGAUCCAAGCCAUCUAUGAUCGGCAAGAUACUCUCCCCGCCUCUGCACCCCGGCUACUCAUCCUUCCGCUCUACGCGGGCCUCUCACAAGAACACCAGCAACGGAUCUUUGAUCCUACACCAGACGGCACGCGAAAAAUCAUAAUCUCGACAAACAUAGCCGAAGCUAGCGUGACGAUCGACGGCAUCGUCUACGUGAUCGACUGCGGGUUCGUAAAGCUUCGGGCAUAUGAUCCCGAGCUGAAAAUGGACUCGCUCGUCGUGACGCCGGCGUCGAAAGCGUCGGCAACGCAGCGCGCUGGUCGUGCGGGACGGACGCGGAACGGCAAGUGUUUUCGGUUGUAUACAGAGGCGGCUUAUGAUCAGCUUGCGGAGACCACGCCGCCUGAGUUGCAGCGGACGAAUCUCGCGGGCCCGUUGCUGCAGUUGAAGGCGCUUGGGAUUGAUAAUCUGGCGAGACUGGAUAUGCUGUCGCCGCCGCCGGUGGAGCUUGUUGUGGACGCACUCGAGCUGCUGUUUAAUCUGGGAGCGCUGGAUGAUUAUGCAAAGUUAACGAAGCCGCUGGGGGAGCGGUUAGCUGAGCUUCCGCUUGAUCCCAUGCUCGGGAAGAUUCUCCUGCAAGCACAAAACUUCGGCUGCGUAAACCAAAUGCUAACCAUCGCCGCAAUGAUGUCCGUCGACAACAUAUUCUACUACCCCGAAAACAACCGCCGCGCAGCACAGGAGCAGCACGCGAAAUUCAUCGUCGCGGAAGGCGACCUCCUCUCGUACUUCAACGUCUAUCAAGCAUUCACGCUACGGGGCAAGCAGUCGUCGAAAUGGGCGCACGAGAGGUUUCUGAAUUAUAAGGCGCUCGUGCAGGCGGUUAGCAUUCGCGCACAGCUCGCGCGGUAUCUGACAAAGUUGGGGGUCAGUAUCCCGUCUUCGGCAGCGGCAGUUAGCCCGGAAACGGUGGUGAAGUGCAUCGUAAGCGGCUACUUCCCCAACGCGGCCAAGAUGCAACCAGAUGGAUCUCUGCGAUUGCUGAGCGGCGACAACGGCAGCAGCAGUAGCAGCACGGACGGAAAGAGCACAGUCUGGAUCCAUCCGACGUCGGUUAUGUUUUCUCGCUCGGCUGAGUGGGUCGUCUUUUCGCAGAUUGUAAAGAUGGGCAAGAAAACGUACAUUAACGGGGUCACAAAGAUCGACCGAGAUUGGCUGCUGGAAGCGGCGCCUAGGUUUUAUCAGGUCACGAAACAGCGGUGAUUGAGUGCUAGAGCUUUUGAUUAGCUCGCGAUGGAUUGAUGCGUGCUA